AUGCGCGAGGCAGACUCCCGGGCGGUGCCGCCGCCCAAACCGCUGCAAGCUGGAGACCACCUGCCGGCGAGUGCGGGGCUACCCCGGGCCCACGCACCCCACCGGCGCGCAGCGGGUCAAAGUCAGCUCGAGUGCAACACGGGGCCUGUGGGUGGAGGCCUGACUCCCUACCCGAGCCCCCCAACUCUCCCCGGCUCCCGGAAGACCCUCAAGGUGAGGGGGGUGGGGAGCCCUUUUUCCGCGAUGUCCCGGGCUGCUGGGCCGAGCUCCAGGUGCGGGCGAGCUCGGCCCGCGCGAGGAGGGAGAAAGGACCCAGAAGCCCGGGAUCCCCGGGUGCCCCGGGGUCGUGGUCGCUCCCCUCGCCUACCUGCGGCUGAGGCGCUGGCGACGGCGGCUGCUGGGUCCAGCUGUGCUCAGCUGGCUCCGGGCGGCGGGGUUGGGGCGCCGUGGGCGCGGGGCGGGGUGGGCAGGGCGCGGGCGGGGGCCGCCCUCGGGGCGGGGCCGCCGGGCGCGGGGGGGGGGGGGGGGGGCGAGGGGAGGAGCGCCGGCCCCGCCCACAGGCGGCCGGGAGGACGGCGACUGCGGCUCCGGACUGGCCUGGACGUGCCAUUUGCCUAA